ACCCCAUCAGGGUAUUUCCGGUCCCCAGACCUGGAGGACCGGAAACUGACGGGAGUGGGAAGCCUCGGCCCGGAAGUGGGUGGAUGCAUUUCUCCUGUGAAAGACCCAGAUGCUUUUCGUCCGGCCGGGUUCCGUCGUGCCCUCAGUGAAGGGUCAGGUCUGGAGUUUGUAGGUCAUGGCGUUGGCCCCGCGACUGUGGCGCUUUCUCCCGUGGAGACAUGGAGUCACCCAGGGCCUUCGGUUCCCGACAAGGUCGACUGGAAGCUGUGUGCGGUGCGGCCCACUGCCAUUUCGUGGCUCCGAGGUGAUAGGAAAGCCAAGAACAUUCGAAAGAGGCCUUUUAUUCUCAGCCUUGUCGUACUUGGGUUUUGAAACAUACCAAGUCAUUUCUCAGGCUGCUGUGGUUCAUGCUGCAGCCAAAGAAGUUGGAGAAAUCCUUGAACAAGCAGACUACCUUUAUGAAAGUGGAGAAACAGAAAAACUUUAUCAGUUGCUAGCUCAAUACAAGGAAAGUGAAGAUGCAGAGUUACUGUGGCGUCUGGCACGGGCAUCACGUGAUGUGGCUCAGCUUAAUAGGACUUCAGAAGAGGAGAAAAGGCUUUUGGUUUAUGAAGCCCUGGAAUAUGCAAAAAGAGCACUGGAGAAAAAUGAAUCAAGUUUUGCUGCUCAUAAGUGGUAUGCGAUCUGCAUUAGUGAUGUUGGAGAUUAUGAAGGCAUCAAGGUUAAAAUUGCAAAUGCCUACAUUAUCAAGGAGCAUUUUGAGAAAGCAAUUGAACUGAACCCUAAAGAUGCGACCUCAAUUCACCUUAUGGGUGUUUGGUGCUAUACAUUUGCUGAAAUGCCUUGGUAUCAAAGAAGAAUUGCUAAAAUGCUGUUUGCAACUCCUCCUAGUUCCACCUAUGAGGAGGCCGUGGGCUACUUUCACAGGGCAGAACAAGUGGAUCCAAACUUCUACAGCAAAAACUUGCUCCUUUUAGGGAAGACAUACUUAAAACUAAACAAUAAAAAGCUUGCUACUCUGUGGCUGAUGAAAGCCAAGGACUAUCCAGCACACACAGAGGAAGAUAAACAGAUACAGACAGAAGCUGCUCAGUUGCUCACAGGUUUGUGAACUUCCCAGAGAAGAAAACAUGUGAAGAGGAUUGUUGGGUCAUGGCUCAAGUGGUAGAGAACCUGCCUAGCAAGUGCGAGGCCCUGAGUUCAAGUCCCAAUACUAUUAAAAUAAAUAAACAAAAUACCUAAUAAACCUCGUCUUUUCAUUGGAUUAUAAAGAUAUUUUACAGCUCAGUUCUUUUAAUGUGGGGUGAUUUAACAGAUUAAGUAUACAGAAUUGUAGGGGUUCUUGGUAUUGUGUGAUGUACCUUGGGGCCAAGCAGGUAUAAGGAAAGAACUCAGGUGAGGAGAGGACUAAAAACAGAGUGGUUUCCAUAUUGAAAUGUGGUAUAUAGUCUUAACAAGGAUUGAAUUUUUUUUGUUAAGAGAAAGCCCAAACUGUGUACCCUUACAGGAUGGAAGGAACACAGAAUUUAAGAGUGGAAUGGAAAUUAGGAUACUUUAAGAAGGCAGGACAAUACUGCUUACUUUAGUCUGGUGUGCUACCCCUGGAAAAUCAAGUUUGGUAAAAAAAGGAGAUUCUCGAAUCAGAUAAAUCUGAGGCUAUGUAUAGGUAUAUUUUUCCCAUAGAAUUUGAGAAUUGCUAGAGUGUAUUAUAGUCAGUGGUGUAGGUAUGUGCUGUUUUAACAUGUGAAUUUUCAAACAAAGUAGUGAAUUCUAUAUACCCAUCUCAGAUACUCAACAAUUGCUAUAUUUUAUUUAAAAGUAUGUAUGUAUUCAUAUAUAAUUUCUAAACCUCUGCAGUUUCAUCCUGAAAUAUUUAAGCUCUUCAGAAUAAGGACAUCUUCCAAAACAAAUAUAUAUCCCAUUCAUCAUCUAAUAUAAAUACAUUUCUCCACCAUCAUCUAAUACAAAGUCAAUAGUUUAACUAUUCCUGAAAUGUCCAAAACACCAUAAAGUUUUUAAAACUAGAAUCAAAGAUCAUACAUUGCAUUUAAUUUGCAGUUUAGUUGACUUUAAUCUUGAACAGUUCUCCCAUCAUCUUUUUCUUACACAAUUAACUUUUCAAAGACCUGUCCACUUGUCUUAUCACUUGUCUCAUUCCAGACUGGCCUAAGGGAUUACACAUUGACGGCCACUGUUCUGUGCUGUUCUCAGGAACUCCAAUUAAUUCUAUGUAUAUUAGAUAUUCUUUGCCUUUUUGUAUUCAUCACUUUCAGAUUUAUAACUUUUUGUUUCAUUUUUUUAAUUCUUCAUUUGUGUUCUAUAACCCCUUUUAGUGUAUGCGUCCUUAUUUUAUAAUUGUCAUCACUUCUACUUUUAUCUUUUCAAUUUUUUUCCCUGAUUUCAGUCAGCAGCCAUUUCACAUUUUCAUGUUUGUUCAGUUCUGAGUUUUUGAAUUACUAAUUUGAAUUUUUUGAUAUCUGCAAUUUAUUUAAUUCAUACCACCUCCAAUACCAGGGAUCAGACCCAGGAUGUUGCACUUGCUAAGUAAGCACAAUACCAGAUAUAUACCCCAGAUGCUUUUUUAUUUUCAGCUCUUUAAAAUAUACUAUUCUAGAAAUAGAAAAUUUUUGUUACCAGCAAUACCAGGCAACCAAAUGGAGGUCAGAGUCUUGGGUUAGUUUAAGAAUAAUCUCAGGGGCUGUGGGUACAUUUCAGUGGUACAGCAUAUACUUAUCUAGCACAAGGGUGUGGGGUCCAUUUCCAGUGUGCACACAAUAAUUUGUGUAAGUUUUUGUGAAAUGAGUUGCCUUUUAUGAAGAUCUGUAUUCUGAAACUGAAGAACCGUUUUUUUUUUUUUUAAAUAUUUGAAAUAAUUAUAGAUUCAUGAAGAAAUUUCAAAAACCAGUAA